CGCUAAUUACCAGCAACUACUAAUAUAAAAACACUAGAGAAGUUUAAAUUGGUAACUCUAGUACGUACAUUCCUAGAGCAAGCUAAGAGAGAGUACAGUGUGUGAGAAUGGCGGAUUGGGGGCCGGUCGUGAUCGCGUUGGUGUUAUUCGUGUUGCUAUCGCCGGGGUUGCUAUGUCAGAUUCCAGGGAGGGGAAGGAUGGUGGAGUUUGCUAACUUGCAGACAAGCGGCAUUUCCAUACUUGUUCAUACCAUAAUCUACUUUGGUCUCAUUACUAUCUUCCUUAUUGCUAUUGGUGUUCAUAUCUACACUGGCUAGUUAUAUUAUUAAGCCUUCAGCUUAAUUAAUUAUAUCUUGUUACUAAUUGUGUUAUUCAUUUACAAUUUUUGGUGUUCAAAUUGUAAGUUUGGUUGUUUUGGUUCCUUGUGGUUUUGAGUGUCCUUAUUUAUCAACACAAGUAUGUAUCAUGCACUAUUGCACGUGACAACUACAUACAAUAUUUAUGAAGUGUAAUUAGCUAAAUUAUACGAUGUACAUGUUUUGCGAAAGUAUGUGAUCAAUGUUAAUGUCAGUUAUUUAAUUCUUUUCUCA